AUGGCUCCACCUAAGAAGACUGUGAAGAUGGAUCUGAACUCCUUCCUCCAGGACGACACAUUCGGGUCGUCCUGGGCAGAGGAAGAUGUCGACUUAAACAAGAUUACUAUCCCAAUCGAAAGCUUGAAGGCUAAUACUAUUCCAUUGGAGGAACUGGCUGCCGCUAAGCAUGCCGGAGCCGGGGGCUCUGGUUCCGGGUUCAGAGGGUCUCGUUUGGACCCUGCUUUGGGUGGUGGAAGAAACGAUUUCCAGGAAAGAGUAGAAUACCCUGUUCCAACACAUCCUCCAUACAGAGCUAUUAUCAAUAAUAUUCCAUGGGAUAUCUCUCCCGAGGGUGUCCAAGCUUGGGUUGAAGACGGUUUGCAUAAGGAAGGUGCUGUUGCGGAAGUUGAUUUGCCCAGAAGUAUGAAGGAUCCAACUCGUUUAAAAGGUAUUGCUUUCCUGACUUUGAAAGAACGUGAAGAUUUGGUUCAUGCUUUGACUUUUAAUGGUACCAAGUUGAAUGAACGUACUGUUUAUGUUUCUGUUGCCGCACCAAGAAGAGAUGGUUAUGGUAGUGGUGGUGGUGAUUUCGAUUGGAACGGAGCUCGUGGUUCGAACUACCAGGCCAGUGGGGAUUCUGCAGGUCCUGAUCUCGAUUGGGGUGCAGCUAGAGGCUCAAACUACCAAGAAAGGCGUGAGAGAAGAGAGGAACCAAACUUGGAUUGGGGUGUCGCAAGAGGUUCUAAUUACGAAGAAAAACGUGAGAGACGUGAGGAACCAAACUUGGACUGGGGUGUCGCAAGAGGUUCUAACUAUGAGGAGAGACGCGAGAGACGCGAGGAACCAAAUUUGGAUUGGUCUGCUGCUAGAGGUUCUCAAUACCAAGAAAGAAAACCAAGAAGAGAGGAGCCAAACCUGGACUGGAGUGCCGCUAGAGGUUCUCAAUUCCGUGAAAGAAAGCCAAGAAAAGAAGAACCACAACUUGACUGGGGUGCUGCUAGAAGUGGCCAAGCUCCAGAGAAGAAAACAAGAGCCAACUUCACCAAGAAGCCUGUCGCGGCUGAGAAGACUGAAGAUAAGCCAAAAAUUCAAAGAUCUGCGUUCGAUGUGUUGAGCAACGAUGACGAUGAAGAGGAAACUGCGGAUGAAGAGACCAAGAAAGAGACUAAGGAAGAACCACAAGUCGCUCAAUUGGCUCAAGAUACCAGCAAAUUGAACGUCGAGGAUAAUGAUGAAUGGGAAACCGUCGGCAAAUGA